UCGGCAGCAUGCGGAAUGCCGUAACGUUUGUGCGCGUCCGAUCUAACGCGAUGCAACGGCGGUGCAAUAUUGUCGUUCUGCUGGGCACAAUCGUUACGCUAGCCCUGUUGGUGGUAUACUACAUGUACGAUGUUGGAGUGACGGUCUCGCGCAAGGGUCCUGGUUAUCCCAAGCAGGAAGGACACGUUGAAAACAUUGGUGAUGGUUUAAGUAUCGAGAAAACUACUCAGCAAGGUCCGCUUGAGAGAGCUGAUGAGUUUUUGUUCUCCUACACAACACUUGGGCUGGAUCCUCGGUUUCCUCCGCCACCAGGAGAUAUGGGUAACGCGGUUGUUGUGGACAUCUCCGACAAUCAGAUAGCCGCCAUGAUCAACGAAGGCAUGAAAGCUCAAGGCUUCAAUCAGUACUCCUCGGACCUGAUGUCUGUGCGUCGCAGGUUACCCGAGAUUCGUGAUCCCUGGUGUGCUCAGCCGAAUCGUUUCCUGGCUGAUCUGCCACCGACCUCGGUCGUGAUCGUGUUUUUCAAUGAAGCCUGGUCGGUCGUACUUCGCACGGUACACUCGGUGUUAGACCGUUCCCCGGUGCAUCUCUUGCACGAAAUUGUGUUGGUCGAUGAUUGCUCCACCUUGCCAAACCUCAAAACCGAGCUGGACGAGUACUUUCGCCCGUACCCAAAGGUACGCAUCAUUCGAGCUCCGUCCCGGCUAGGCCUGAUACGAGCUAGAAUUUUCGGUGCCAAAAACACAACCUCCGAAGUGAUCACGUUUCUAGACGCGCACGUCGAGUGUACUGUAGGCUGGCUGGAAGCACUACUGGACGUGGUGGCUCGUAACUCAUCUACCAUCGCUCUUCCAGCGAUCGAUUGGAUCGAUGAGAAUAACAUGGCGCUGAUAGCGAACAAAUCGCACAUGUUUGUCGGCGCGUACGAUUGGGACCUUAACUUCGGCUGGUGGAGUCGCGGGUCGAUGAAGAAGAAGUACGAGAACAAGAUGGAACCGUUCGAUACGCCGGCCAUGGCUGGGGGUCUGUUUUCCAUCAAUAGAACGUUCUUCGAGCGCCUCGGCUGGUACGACGAAGGCUUCGACAUCUACGGAAUUGAGAACAUCGAACUUUCGAUAAAGAGCUGGAUGUGUGGCGGCAAAAUGGUCACAGUGCCAUGUUCGCGCGUGGCACACAUCCAGAAAGCCGGUCAUCCGUACCUUCGUGACCAAACGAAGGAUGUGGUACGAGCGAAUUCGAUUCGUUUAGCCGAGGUGUGGAUGGACGAGUACAAGCAGGUGAUCUUCGACAUCCAUGGCAUCCCACACUACCUAGAGGAGGAGUUUGGCCCCAUAGGUGAACGAAAGGCAAUCCGAGAGCGUGCCAAUUGUCGCACCUUCCGGUACUACAUCGAGAAUGCGUUUCCGGAAAUGCGCAGUCCAUUCACAAGUGGCGCUUUUCGUGGUGAAGUGCAUAACGUCCUUCUCGGCAACGAAAGCUGCCUGGAAUAUAGGCCCGAGGAUGGCUUUCUUGGCAUGGCAUCAUGUAAUGGCAAACAGAAGACACAAUAUUGGACGCAUAACUACUACCAGGAGGUGAACAGCUACCGACACUGCCUCGAUUUUACCGGCAACACCCUGGAGGUGAUUGGAUGCCAUCGAUCUCGCGGCAACCAGGCCUGGCGUAUGCUGACAUCAACGGGCCAGUUGCAGAGCAUAAAACACGAUCGAUGUCUCGAGCUAAAUACCUCGACAAACAGAACGCUCCAAAUGCAAAAGUGCGAUCCCGAGAAAGAAGCUCAAAAAUGGUCUGUUACCUUUGUCGAACUGGACGUGUCACCGUUUGCUAAAACACCUUGAGUAGUACUUUUGUGGCUUGCUGAUGAGUGGAACGCCAAGCGCUUGAAAACGAAAUCGUUCGAUAACUCCGAGCUUAUCGAAUCAGCCGGUGUCGCCACAAUCCCAAUCGGUUUAAUUGUGUUGAGGAGCGAUAAUACCCAGCACGGUUAUCGGAACCCUUUCCAAUGGCACCAUUGGCGGGCAAUCUAUUAGAAGGUAUGCUCAUCCUGUGAAAUACUACGUUCUCCACUACCAUGUUUGCAGUUGACUUAACAGUAUUGUACCGUAAGCGAACGUUCCAUUACCGUCUAUAGCGUGAAUGAACACGUGGAGUCUGCUUGAUAUGAACCAAGCUAGUGAGAGCCUUUACAUUUUCUCCCUAUCGAAAUCAUGACAGCCCACUUUAAGU